AUGGCACCUUCGGAUUCUUCCCCGACGAAGCCGGAGAUUGUUUUAGGUAACGAAAAAUCUCAGAACGAGAUUGUUGAUGCUGUAGGGAUUCAAAAACAAUUUGAGAAUGAUAAGAAUGCAAAGCCAUCAUCAUCACACAAUGCAGGCAGUUUCUACAUGCCUGGAAUGAAUACACUUUGCUGCGGUCCUGAAGAUUACGAAUACUAUCUACGGGAAAUGUGCGGUCCUGAAUAUUACGAAUACUAUCUACGGGAAAAGGGACGCGAGAGUCCUCCUUCUGAAGAAUGUUAUGAGGACAUGUAUGCGGAGGUAGCUAUGGAAAGGCCCUGUGAUCACCAUGUCAACAACAAUGGUGUUUCUCUAGUGGAGGUUUGUGAUGAAAACAGCCAUGUCGAUGGUGGAGAUAACAACGGGGUGGCUGAGUCCACUCGCGUAAUCUAUGUCCCAUAUCUAAAGGUAGGUUUAGUGAUUGGUGCUGUGGCGACUUUACGGUAUCUUCAGCCUCAUUUUGGUGACCGAAUCCGUAUUUUGAAGGAUUCAGAGGCUAAUACGCAAAGAGCAGUGGAGAUAACUGGAAGUAUUGCACAGAUAGAUUUUGCUGAGCAGCUUAUCGACGCAGUUAUAGCAGAGGAGAAUCAAGAGGAACCCAUGGAAGAAGAAACUGAGAAACCAUUAGCUCGGAAAGAUGGUGAAGCUCUUGUUGAGGAAGUUCAUGCUGAACAGUCCUAA